CCAGCCCAUCGCUGCUUUACUCCCCCAUCAACGCCGCUCGCUCACUACUCGCGCCGCCGCUUCCGCCGCCGCUCCGCUCCAGUCGCGUCGGCUUCCCGCCUCCUCGCCGGCGAGCCGUGCCUCGACGCUCUCCCUCUGUUGCUCCGCCGGCCAGCAGCAUGCCGCGCUUCUGCUCCCACUAGCUCCCGCCACCGCCGCCCCUACUGAGCCCGGUGAGACCGUGAGGCGGUGGUGUGCACCAGUCCGGCAGUUCGCCCCCCUCCUCCUCCCAAUCCGGCCGCCGCUUCAUCACCGCCGGCGAGGCUCCGCGUCUCCUCCUAGGUCGCGCUGCUUCGUAUCACAGAGAGAGGCCAGCUCGGUCUCCGGAUAAGCAAGAACCAUGGCGUCUGCUGCUGCCGCUUACGGCGUCGGGGCUCCACUCAAGCUCGCUGCAAGGCGGCAUGGGGCACUCGCGCUGGCCGGUAGCCAUCGCUGCAGUGGAUGGAAGUCUUCAGUGUCUUGCCCUGUUCCUCAGGCUUGGAUGGGCAGUUGCUCUUCUGUCGCAAUGCGCCGUGUCGCCUCCGGUUCUCGAUUGAUUGUUCAGGCUUCAAACAGCGGGGGCUCAAGCUUGAAGGCAUCAUUGGCUGAUGCUAGCCUGCUUACUGAAGAGAGGAUAACUGUUUUGGUGAUUGGAGGUGGAGGAAGGGAGCACGCUCUCUGUUACGCCUUGAAUCGCUCUCCGUCUUGUGAUGCGGUCCUAUGUGCCCCUGGGAACGCAGGUAUUGCUCAGUCUGGAGAUGCGACCUGUAUAUCGGACUUAGACGUCUCCGAUAGCGAUGCCGUUAUCGCGUUCUGCUGCAAGAGGGGAGUGGGAAUGGUUGUAGUAGGUCCUGAAGCUCCUCUUGUUGCCGGUCUUGUGAAUGACCUUGUGAAAGCUGAGAUACCAGCAUUUGGUCCUUCCUCAGAAGCUGCGGCUUUAGAAGGAUCGAAGGACUUUAUGAAGAAAUUAUGCGAUAAGUACAAUAUUCCUACAGCUAAGUAUCGCACAUUCACAGAUCCUGCAGAAGCUAAACAAUAUGUCAAAGAUCAAGGCGCCCCUAUUGUUGUCAAAGCUGAUGGAUUGGCAGCUGGAAAAGGCGUGGUUGUUGCUAUGACUUUGGAUGAGGCAUUUGAAGCCAUAGACUCUAUGCUGGUUCAAGGGUCAUUUGGUUCUGCUGGUUCACGGGUUAUCAUUGAAGAAUAUCUGGAGGGUGAAGAAGCCUCUUUCUUUGCAUUAGUGGAUGGUGAAAAUGCAUUGCCACUUGAAUCGGCACAAGAUCACAAAAGGGUUGGUGAUGGUGAUGUAGGCCCAAAUACUGGUGGUAUGGGUGCAUAUUCCCCUGCACCAAUAGUGACAGAAGAGCUUAAGCACACAAUUAUGGAUAGUAUAAUAAUCCCAACAGUUCAAGGUAUGGCAGCUGAAGGAUGCAAGUUUGUUGGUGUAUUAUAUGCUGGACUUAUGAUUGAGAAGAAAUCUGGUCUGCCUAAGCUUAUCGAGUACAACGUACGAUUCGGUGACCCAGAAUGCCAGGUUCUUAUGAUGCGAUUAGAAUCCGAUCUAGCACAGGUUCUGAUGUCUGCGUGCAGAGGGGAACUGGGCGAUGUUUCACUAACCUGGUCACCUGAAAUGGCAAUGGUGGUUGUGAUGGCAAGCGAAGGAUACCCCGGAUCUUAUAAGAAGGGGACUGUAAUAAGAAAUCUCGAGAAGGCCGAGCAGGUCUCGCCCGCGGUAAAAAUAUUCCAUGCUGGAACAGCACUGGAUGGGGAUGGAAAUCUUGUCGCUGUCGGAGGCCGGGUGCUCGGGAUCACGGCUAAGGGCAAAGACAUUGAGGAAGCACGGGCAAGAGCAUAUGAUGCAGUAGAUGUUGUUGACUGGCCUGAAGGAUUCUUCAGGCGCGAUAUUGGUUGGAGAGCACUGAAGCACAAGCAAGUGGCCAAUUACUGAUGCGGAUUUUCCUGAGCACACCACAACUAUGGUGAGCAUGUAAUGUUAAGAGCAAUAAAGAGAAAAUUUGUCACUUCUGUGGUUGAGGAAAGGCAAAACCAUAGCUCAAAUUUGAGUUUUUUUUUUUGUACCAACUGUUAAAUUUGAGUUGGGCUUGCAUUUUGAGGAACAGCCAGAUGAACAAUGACCGAGUUUUGACUUCCACAAGUAGAGAGAGAGCAUUGUUCGGUGCUUAAUAUCUACUUCCGUUGGUUAGUGGUAUUAAGGGAUUCCAUAUGUAAGUCGUUUUAGACUUGUGCACAAGAAUUAAGAUAACAAUCUCAAUGAUUUUGUUACCCUUCA